UCACAAUAAUGGCGUCCUUUCUAUUUCCUAUUAAAAUCCAAACGUUACCCUUUUGCCUUAUUUUCUUAUUUAAGCCAUUCUUCUUCUUCUUCUUCUUCAACAAUUCAAAUUCUCAGACCCAUCUCAAUAUGAGGAAAGUUGUGUUGAAGUUGGACAUACAUGGUGACAAAGGAAAACGAAAGGCUUUGAAAGCAGUCUCUGUUCUUCAAGGAAUUGAAUCGAUUGCCAUGGACAUGAAGGAGAAGAAGCUAACAGUAAUAGGGGAAGUUGAUCCGGUUGACGUAGUUGCAAAGGUUCGAAAGCAUUGGCCGAACGCCGAUAUCGUCAGCGUCGGCCCAGCGAAGGAAGAGAAGCCUGCAGCAAAAGGAGGAGAGAAGCAAACAGGAAAGAUUGAAAGUGAAGCAAUUGAAGAGAUGGUUAAAUUGCACCAAUGCUAUGGUUAUACUGGUUAUGGAGGUCCUCAUUAUCGUGUAUAUAGUGUAGAGGAGAAUCCUCAUUCUUGUACCAUAUCUUGAAUAGUAUCGAUUAGUUCUUAGAUUGAGUAUCAAAUUGUUAGUGGCAAAUUAAAUAUGUAUACCUCAACUACCAUUUAUAAUAUUUUAUAUAAUGUUCUUCUUUGGUCCCA